GGUUGAACGUGAUGUCACUUUCGCCUGUGUUUAUUUCAAUGAAGAUAGUCUGAUAAUGAAGCAGGUGGCUAUCAUGUAUACGUGUUUCCUUUAUUUGUCAAUUGAUUACACAGUUUGACGGACCAAGCGGUUAUACCUAAUGCAAAUAAAAUGAUUUCUUACAAUAAACAGUCAACUUUAAAAUUGCUCUUAAGUCUCUUAUGUUUCCAUAUUUCAUCAUCUUUUGUGCUCAAUAAAAGACAAUCAGACUUAUAUGCAACAAAUAAUUUUGAUGCAAGUUUUUUGGAAAAUUCUGAAUCCAAUAAUGGUGGAAGUGUGGCGUCAAAUGGAGGUAGGAGCACCUCAUAUUCCUCAAUGAGCAGCAAUAGCUUGGCGUCCGGAGGUGGUGAUAGUGGUCGUGGUAUGGGUUCACCGUAUGGGGGAGGGCAUGAUAAUAGCAUGUCAGGAAGUGGAAAUAGUGGACGUGGAAUGGGUUCGUCGAAUGGGGGAGGGAAUGGAAAUAGUAUGGGCAGUGGUAUUAAUCCUUUCAACAGUAACAGCAACACAGGAGGAAUGGGCCCAUUUUCCGGUGGAUCAAAAGGAAACGGAGGCGGAAUGGGGCCAUUUUCCGGUGGAUCAAAAGGAAACGGAGGAGGAAUGGGACCGUUUGCUGGUGGUGCCGCUAAUGGUAAUGGUGGAGGAAGCAGCAAUAGCAUGGGUGGGGGCAUGGAUCCUUUUAAUAGUAACAGUAAUGGCGGACAAAGCUCCACAGGACCUUUUACAGGGGGAGCUAGUGGAAAUUCGGCAGGACCUUUUUCGAGUGGCUCAAAAGGAAGUUCGAUGGGACCAUUUCAAAGUAAUGAUAAAGACAAUGGAAUGAAAACACCAUUUGAUAGUAGCAACAUGAAUGGAGGUCCCGGUGGUAUGGUCGGCGGUCGAUUUAAUUUAGACAUUGGAACUAAUGAUGGACCGGGCGGGCUAAAUGGUAGCCCAUUUAUGACCAAUAAUGACGGUGGACCGGGUGGUUUAUCAGGUGGAUCGUUCAUGCAGAAAACUGAUAGUUCGACAACAGAUUCUAAAUUUGAUACAUCUCAGUAUGAACAGAUGUUGAAGGAGAUGUUUGCAACAGACUCCGGUGCUAAAUCUGAGGGCAGUCCGUUUGAUCCCGAUUCUUAUAGUGGUAAUAUUAAUGCCGCUAACACUGGUCGCACAAAUCUCAACUCUGCCGGCAGCGGACAGUCCCAGGGAUAUGGUAACACGGAUAGCGCACAGUCCCAGGGAUAUGGUAACACGGAUAGCGCACAUGGUUCAUACGAAUCGGGGCGAAAAACCUCGGAUCCGUUCAGCACCAAGCAUUUUAAAGACUCUGCAAGUCCAUUUAAAGUACAUCAGUCACACCAAGUCGGAGCUGGAAGCAAUAAUUAUGGCACCCGUUAUAAUAAUGGUAUUAAAGAAAGCAGGUACCAGUUUAACAAUGGAAACACAGACACUUACCAAACGCCAUUCAACGAAAAGACGGAUUACAAUGAAUUAUUAUCAACGCCAUUCCAGUCCAAUAACAAUAAUGGUCGUGCUGGUAGUCAGAGUUACAAAGACCAGUCUCUAGGUACAGGAUAUUCACCUUUUAAGUCAGACAGAGGUAUGCCAGGUAUGGCAAGAAUGAAUAAUCCCGGUGGUAACCCGUUUAGUCAAGGAGGAUCACAAAUUGGAAGAGGUUGAAAGAAGAUGUUUGAAGAACAAAAUAAUAAAAGUUGGAACUAACAGUGUUUUAUAUUUACUGUUCUUUUUAAUAUAAUGAACGGACUGCAAACAAUACAACUGUUUUCUCCACCGA